UAUAACUACUUCUGUGUAUUUACUAGCUUGUUGAAUUGUCUGCCGAUGAUUGGAUUAACUUUCACUUCACAAAUGAAGAGUCGUUCAGCCAAUCCGGUUCAGCACAUGACUAUUGUGCUGUAAUAAAGUUCCAAAAAAACUGGAAAUAUUAGUUUUAAAAUUAUAUUUGCAAAAUAUAGUUUUGUUAACAACAGUUUUUAUUGAAUCACAUUCAUGACUGCGGCGACUGCAUUAAAAAGCCGUAAUGGCGACAAAAUUACAAAUAACAACAAUGGUGCCGAGGCGAUUAAGAGUAAAGGCCAUGACAAACUGAAGGGCGCAGAAUUGACCGAUGGUGGAGCAGGCCAAAGUAAUGAACGGUCAAUGGUGAGUGUCGUUUUCAUAUCGCUCCUAUUUGAUUUACUCGCCUUCACCAUGAUCCUGCCACUAAUGCCUUCUUUGCUCGAGCACUAUCGACAAAAUGAUAGCUCCGGCUUGUAUAACUUGCUGACGCGGCGCAUACACUGGUUCCAGCAGCUGGUGGGCGCACCAGAACGAUAUACAUCGGUGCUGUAUGGCGGAUUCCUGGGUUCCAUGUUCAGCUUUUUGCAAUUUGUGGCAAGUCCCAUUGUGGGUGGACUAUCGGAUUACUAUGGCCGCAAGCCUUUAAUGCUUAUAUGUGGGGCUGGUAUUGCUUUAUCCUAUCUACUUUGGGCGCUCUCAAGUAAUUUCGCACUUUUCGUGCUGGCUCGAUUUGUGGGCGGUAUCAGCAAAGGCAAUAUAUCGCUAUGCAUGUCCAUCAUCACUGAUGUCUCCAGUGUGAAGACACGUUCGUUUGGUAUGGCAUUAGUGGGUGUCGCAUUUUCAGUAGGCUUCAUUGCCGGUCCUAUAAUUGGUGCCUUAUUUGCGCGUUCAUUGAAUAAAUCAUGGGAAUCAUGGUAUGUGGCACCUUCAUUGUGUGCCUUUGCAUUAGCCAUGUGUGAUUUGGGUGUUAUUGCGUUUAAACUUAAAGAAACAUUACCCAAGGAAAAACGUGCCAAAGAGAUAUCUUCCGCUAUGUCAUAUGCUAUACAGUUAUUGGAUGUGCGCUCAAUAUUCAACUUCUCAGCGAUUAAGAAAAUAUCGAAAACGGAAAUAAAUGCACUACGCAAAAUAGGACUGAUAUACUUCUUGUAUCUGUUUUUAUAUUCCGGCUUGGAGUUCACUGUUACAUUCCUUAUGUUUCACAAAUUCGGCUACAGCUCCAUGGAUCAAGCGAAAAUGUUUCUAAUGACUGGCAUUGUUAUGGCCCUACUGCAAGGCGGAGUUGUGCGUCGUCUACCGCCACAGGCGUCUAAACCAUGCGCAGUAUUUAGCCUGUAUCUUAUUGUGCCAGCUUUUAUACUGGUCGGGUUAGCGAAGGAUGGACGUCUUCUUUAUGCAGGAAUGUUACUUUUUGCCAUUUGUAAAAUAGAAUGGGUGGAAAUAAUCGAGCCACGCACCAAGGAGCACAUGUACGCCAAUCUUACAACUGGCGAGUGCGUUUGGGAUCCACCGGAAUUUUUGGAGCAACGUAUUUUGGCCAGUUAG